CCUGUGACGCCAAAAUGCGGUUCAUUCCAUUUGCUUUCGGCCUUAUGGCCAUAUCUGUUGAUGCUAUGGCUACCCCUCGAGACGUCCAAACCGUGUCUGUCCAGCUCAGCAACGAUCAAUCUGGGGCUAAUGAUAACGCCGAUGUCGCCGCUGACGGUAGAUUAUGGUCCAUCCAAUCUCUCUGGCGCCAUAGCUCUGUGGAUAUGAAUGGCUUCGUUACUGCCACGAGCGCCCAGCUUACUAGCUUCCAGCAAACGACCCACUGCAGAAUUAUUCAGAGGCCCAAUGUGGAUACAGAGCUCGAUGCAGAACACACUUGGGUCUCGCUUAACCAGGGAAAGGGGAUUCAACUUAAGGUGGCAUACAUUACAUGCAGCGAUUAGUACUUUACAGUCAGUGAAAGUCGCAAAAUUAUGUUCGCGGGGCUUUG